AUGGGUGCCAAUGGAUCAUCACAGUUGGAACGGGAAAUCAGUAGGACGGAAUCGGGCACCCUCACAAAUGAACACUAUUACGGGCUUGUAAAUUUCGGAAACACAUGCUACUGCAACUCAGUGAUACAGGCCUUGUUCUUCUGUCGACCAUUCAGGGAGAAAAUGCUCAACUAUAGGCAAACACUGAAAAAAUCCGGAACAUCGAAAGAAACAUUGAUGACAUGUCUCGCUGACUUAUUCCAUAGCAUAGCUAAUCAGAAAAGACGAGUCGGGACAAUUGCUCCGAAACGAUUCAUCACGAAGCUAAAGAAAGAAAACGAAUCAUUUGACAAUUACGUUCAACAAGAUGCUCAUGAGUUCUUCAACUAUUUGCUCAACUCAAUAUCAGAAGCGCUGAUUACGGAUAAGAAGGCUGAACGAGAAAAAUCCUCCCGUCACGGGACGAUCAAGAAAGGAAAUGUAACUGUGAAUAUGUCACCAGCAACCGCAGGAAUCUCGAAAGACGAGCGUGAACGCAACGGAACGGAAGGCAGUGAUUCCCGACCAGAAUCGACGUGGAUCCAUGAGAUCUUUGAAGGAAUUUUAACGAACGAGACGAAAUGUUUGAGUUGUGAUACAAAGUCAUGUAAAGACGAAAACUUUCUGGAUCUUUCAAUUGAUGUCGAACAGAACACCUCUAUUACCCACUGUCUCAGAGUCUUUAGUGAAACAGAAACACUCUGCGGAGAUCAGAAGUACUACUGUGAAACGUGUUCCUCAAAGCAAGAAGCUCAAAAACGGAUGCGGAUCAAAAAGCCACCACAGCUUCUAGCUCUUCAUCUGAAACGAUUCAAAUACGUGGACUCUCUCAACAGACACACCAAGCUUUCUUACAGAGUGGUCUUCCCAUUGGAAUUGCGACUUUUUAAUGUGAGUGACGAUGCAGAAGAAGCUGAUCAGAUUUACGAUCUAGUUGCGACUGUCGUGCACUGUGGAGCAACUCCGAACCGAGGUCACUAUAUCACUCUGGUGAAAAGUAACUCAUUUUGGCUGGUCUUCGAUGAUGAUAUCGUGGAAAAGUUAGACGUGUCUUCAAUGGAAGAAUUCUCCGGAAUGUCAACAGAGGCCACUGCCCAGAUGACUUCUAAUCAAUCAGCUCCGCAAAAAAAUUCGGAAUCCGCAUAUAUUCUUUUCUACCAAGCUCGUAACUAUGUGGCUGAAGAUUCGAAUCACAGUCACAGACCAAAGAAUAGCACUCAUUCUGUAUAA